UGAGGGGGCGUCGGAGCGUAGAGGCGGCCGCGGGCGGCCGCGGGUUCGGGAGGCCUUCCCUGCUCCCCCCGCCCGGCUCUCGCGAGGGCUCCCGCCUGGGUGUGGAGUCGGAAGCCAGUUUCCAGACGGCUUUGCCUGCGUCAUGGUUCUCCGCGUUGGCUGCCCGUGAGGAGCGCCUGGCCAGCCCUCCCUCCCUCCCUCCCUCCCUCCCCGCCGCUGGCCGCGGACCUGGCCGCCGGCGAUCGGGGUCUGCUUGGGGAGGGUGAGCAGCUCCCUGCAGCCGAGGUGGAGGAGGACUGUCCUGGAUGCACUUAGCCCCCCUCAGCUUGCCCAGCUUGGCGUGCGUCUGCCAUCUUGGGGGUUUGGGAAGACACUUUCCUGUGGCCUCGAGAUGUAGCGGUUUGCGAUUCUCGGGAUUUGAAGAUGGCUGCACAGUCAGCGCCGAAAGUUGUGCUAAAAAGCACCACCAAGAUGUCUCUAAAUGAGCGCUUUACUAAUAUGCUGAAGAACAAACAGCCGAUGCCAGUGAAUAUUCGGGCUUCGAUGCAGCAACAACAGCAGCUAGCCAGUGCCAGAAACAGAAGACUGGCCCAGCAGAUGGAGAAUAGACCCUCUGUCCAGGCAGCAUUAAAACUUAAGCAGAAGAGCUUAAAGCAGCGCCUGGGUAAGAGUAACAUCCAGGCACGGUUAGGCCGACCCAUAGGGACCCUGGCCAGGGGAGCGAUCGGAGGACGAGGCCUGCCCAUAAUCCAGAGAGGCUUGCCCAGAGGAGGACUACGAGGGGGACGUGCCACCAGAACCCUGCUUAGGGGCGGGAUGUCGCUCCGAGGUCAAAACCUGCUCCGAGGUGGACGAGCCGUAGCUCCCCGAAUGGGCUUAAGAAGAGGUGGUGUUCGAGGUCGUGGAGGUCCUGGGAGAGGGGGCCUAGGGCGUGGAGCUAUGGGUCGUGGCGGAAUCGGUGGUAGAGGUCGGGGUAUGAUAGGUCGGGGAAGAGGGGGCUUUGGAGGCCGAGGCCGAGGCCGUGGACGAGGGAGAGGUGCCCUCACUCGCCCUGUGCUGACCAAGGAGCAGCUGGACAACCAGUUGGAUGCGUACAUGUCAAAAACAAAAGGACACCUGGAUGCCGAGUUGGAUGCUUAUAUGGCACAAACAGAUCCAGAAACCAAUGAUUGAAACCUGCCCGCCCUCCUGUGAGAGACUCUUGUUCAAAAGUCACCACAUCUGUAAAUAACCUUGAAAUAACAGAUGGAGAAGACACCUGAUUGAUGCUGGAAGGACCUAUCACAAUAGGCUAUGGACUUAACUUGCCACCAGUUUGUGCAUUUUAGUGUGUUCCUUUUACUUUUUUGAUACUGUGUUGUAUGAAACCCUUUUUUCCUCUGACUUGGAUUUUGUUUGGUUGUGUUUGGGUUGUUCCUCCACCCCCAUCGCUCUGACUUCUCUUUGAACAUGAAUGUGGUGGCCUUGUGGCUAGAACACUCUCUUCCUCCUCUGCCUCCCUUCACCUGUCCCUAUGCUCUGACGUUCUAACAUUUCAUCUCUGUGUUCCCAUGAAAAAGGCCUAGUAAGAGCCCAUCAGUGUUCCUUCUUAAUGCCUAGGUUUCUGUGAAACAAUUCUGUUCUACAUUUAAUAGCCUCUUAAAAGUGUUGAGCUCAACAAACUUGGAGCUCAAAAAUGCAUUCUGCUACAUUGAUAUUUUUAGCGUAGUUAAUUAGGAACACGGACAUAGCCGCAGGGCCACAUAGAUUACACAUGGUAGUGCCUCUGAUUUGAUUGAAGUUACUUCUGUGGGCAUUGACACCAUAUAAGGAGUGUGCUGGGUCGCGUGUGUGCACUUUCUACCCUGGAAUUAGAUGUAUAAACUUUCCUCUUUGUAUCCUGUCCAAAGAGAUACUUUUGGGUUCGCUUACACCUGCAAUGGAGAGGAAAUAGCCAUUUGAUUUGGCACAUGCUUCAGAAAAGGGGAUGGAAUGCUGGCAGAUCCCUUCUGGGAGGCCUCAGAAGGUACCCACGCUGAAAGGCUGUUAUCCUUAUGUUUAUCCCAAACCAAUCUUGGGCUUCUCCGUUCAGUGGCUUUGUUUGACCCUCUUUUUUAUUUCCCUUGAAGGUUUAAUUAAGUUCAACUAUAUUCUGUCAACUGUUCCAGUUCUCCGUGGAAUCUUGUAUUUCUGGUUCGUCAUAACAAGAAAUUGUUCUCAAAUC